AUGGAAGCUCCUACAAAUAUGCCUUCUGACGAUGAUUUGGAUUCCGUGGAUUCGAACGACGAGUACACGCCGCCAAUGACAGACGACUCUAGUAAAGCAGAUUCCUCGAAGCCCCCAUUGCAAGCAUACGAGAAGCCGAAGCAAGUUCGUAGUUGUGAUCGAUGCAAGAUAAAGAAACGGAAAUGCGACGGUCUCAAGCCUUGUUCAACAUGUGAACGUGCUCAGAGUGAUUGCACGUAUGAAGUGAUUCCUAAACGAAGAGGGCCCGCUCCAGGCUCUGUCGUUGCUCGUCGUAAGGACUCCAUGGCGAACAAUAAAGGCAAGGGUGAUGAAACGCCAAAGAAAGCAACGGGUGUAGCAAAGGCAAGACUAGCUGCUAUAAAGAAAGAUGUCAGAGUAGAAGCUAUAGUAUCGACUCAGCCCGAAUCGUCGCUGUAUCGAUUGGCCGUUGCUGAACUGCUGCCUCCGCCUAUACCAGCCAUACCUGACUGGGUUUAUGAGGAAUCGGCACAAGCUGGUAGAGCUCCCUACCUCUCAAUGCAGUCUGGGUUGUUUGCUGAAGAUACUGCAUCGUUUGAGGAUAGUUUUAAUGGAUUGACGAAUAGUAAUGAUAGUCCGUCGGACUAUGGGUCAUCAGAUCGUCUAGAAAAUGAAAACACUGAUAAUGAGUCGUCGUCCCAAAGACACCCAUCCGAUACUGAGAACAAUUCUAUGUCUGUAUCGUCCAUGUCAUCUAAUGUAGCUACUCCGAAAUCCGACAUGUCGACACUCGAUGACAUACUCUCUUGGACUUUGACUCUAGAAAACCAACAACGUGCCGAGCAAGAUCAAUCGAAUGGUAAUCAUAAGAUGCCAGUACCCAUGUCGGCCAUAUCAAACAAUAGCAAUAACAAUGCCACGACACUGACGCAGCCUCGUAGCAAGAGUAUCCCAUUCCCCAUGUCAACCCACGUAAAACAACCUAAAAUCCCCAAGUCAUUAAAUGUCUCAUCGGGAUUUAUACCGCCCGACUUUGCUGUAUUAGGUCUUCCCCCAUUACCGCCGUCGCUCUACUUGGUGCUAUUCAAGAAUUUCUUCAUAUACUUCCACCCGGUUUUUCCCAUACUCGAUGAACCUGCUCUGCUCAACACUAUCUUACCAACUAUAUCACCAAAGACCAAUCCAGCAUUAAUAGCAGCUAUAUGUGCCAUCGGAGCAACAUACUCCAGACAUCCAGCCUUGUCUGAUGGAGGUGGGCGGAAGUGGUGUGCUGUAUUCGAAGAUAUAGCUCGUGAGCGAGAACGUAAUAUGCCACCCGGACAAUGGAGUGAUUUGUCGAUUUGUCAAACGAGAUUGUUACUGAGUGUGUUUGAAGUGGGAUCUGAUGCAUCCCAUCAGUCCGCAACUUGGACUUCUAUGGGAACAUACUUGGCCAACGAAUUUGAGGAAGAUCGUUUAUCACCCUUACGGCAUGGCAUACCUAGUUUGCUUGGAGACGCACCUAUACUCCCUAGUCAAAGACAGAGGCAAGUUCAACUUCAUGGGUGUAUGGCAGCAGGUCUUGUCCCGUCACUAAAUGAGAUGUUGUACUCUACGACGCCGGCCUUGACGCCACCAACAACAGCAGUCAUGCCAUCCGAUCCUACGUCACCUUGGUGUCAUGCCCUUAGUCAAUUUGAUGCUCAAACAGUCUUUGAUUUUGGAGCUAUGGCAUGGACUGAUAAAAUCAUGUCAAAUAUACCGCAAACUCUAGAUGGUCGUAGUGUAAUCUCCGAUGGAACAGAAACGCAAGCGCUAGUGCAACUAGUCUUCUUGGGACGACGGGUAUUGAGACUAGCACGAGUAAUGUCUCCUCCAUCACCGCCAAAGGAUAAUAGCAACGACGUUGAUUCGCCGCCCGACAGUAAUAGACCGGCUCCGCCACCUAUGAAUGUACUGCUCAUGGACAUUGUGAUGCUUCAUGACGCACUCAUCCGAUAUUAUGAUGCUUUGCCAAACAGUCUGAAACUCUUCCCUAACUUGCAAGUACUCACAACGCCAGGAAGACUAUGGUAUCUGGAGAGCUCAGGGACACGGCCAAGUCCUGCCGCUGUUGCUAUAAAUAUAAUCUUCUUUGCCAUGAUUGGAGUAUUGCACCAACGCGGGGCUUCAGAAUCACCAUCCUCGACUACUCCACUUCCAUCUGCCAUUCCCAAUAAUAUAGGUACCGAUAAUUCUCUACCGAGCUCGUCAUCAUCGGCAUCACCAGUCCCUUCGAUGAACUCGGAAAGUAGCGUAGAGGGAUCCGACAAGAUCUUUAAAGUAAUAGUUCCUCAUCCAUUAUACCAAUAUCAGCCCGUUGUAGAAAUGUUGACUCCCACCGAUAUGGUGGUCAUGGCAUAUCGCGCACACUGUCACAUAUUACACCGUGUGUACAACAAUACUCUUCCAUCUCUAUCCGCAGCACCACCACCAGAACUCGUAUCAACACCAUUUUUGCAGACCUUCCUUUUGCCGCCUGCUGCAGCUUUAUUGUCUUUAAGUCGAUACUCUAGGGUAAUGGUGAAUGGACUAGAUCCCUGGAAUGUGUUUGGGACCGUAACCCAUGUAAAUAGUGAUGUAGGAAGUGGCCCCGGCAGCACUGGUAGUAAUGGAAGUGUCCCUGGCAGUGGUGGAUCAACAUCAGAUCCACAAGCUCCUUCAUCAGUAUUCUCCAAGAUGCCUGCUAGCACCAGUAGCAAUAGUGCCCUUCGAAGCAUGCUUACGACACCGCUGAAUCAAGCCACUGGCAGUAGUGUUCCUGUACGAAGUACCCCCUUAAUUGGUAACUCAGGACCGAUAUUAGGUGGAUAUGGUGGCAACGAAGAAGUAGAACCAUUAACAGCUAUAUUGAUUCCAGCUCUUGAAGAUGCUGGACGUGUAUGGCCAAUAGCUAGCACUUAUGCUCAAAACUUGCGGGCUGUAGGAUUGUCUGUUAGAGAUCGACUGGCGCCUCCAUCUCAUCCAUCUGUAUUUGCUAAUGCUUGGGAUGCACUGGCACAUCUCGAUGACGACGACGAAGAGAUGGAGGAUUUGGGUAUUGCUGCUGGCGGAGAGCUUGGAGGUGAAGUGUUAACCGGUGCCAUCGGCUUUCCCUCAUCUUGGCAGAUAGGAGGUGGUGGGAUGAAUGGUGGUGCGAUGAAUGGCGCUAUGAUGGGUGGUGGUGGAAUGAGUGGCGGUAUGGGCGGAAUGAUGAUGUCUGGCAUGGGCGCUUCACCACCAUUUUAA